AUUUUUUAGAUGUAUUUUUUUGCGGACAAAUAGAACAGGUAGUGUUCUAGAUAAUGGACUUAGUGAAAAUAAGGAGUUUUCAGAUCCGCAAGGGAGCAACAAACUCAGGGAGAUAGAACUGAAUUGCGUACAUGGCUAAACUCCUAAUUGAAGGGAAAAUUUUCAGCAAUUUAUCUAAGUGUGUUAAGAAAAUUAGACAAUUAGACUACUCGAGUGUGAUUAGAAUUUUCACAGCGCAGCUCGAAGGUAUAUUUAAGUGGCUGCUGGUGGGAAACUUCAUCAUUACGCCCAGAGGCAGUAUGGAGAGUAAGUUAGUGAGCUUUGUUCUAUUCAGUGUAUUGUGGCAGUUGGUGCUGUGCUUAAGCUCCAGCAAUUUUACAAUAGAAAGAAGAUGGUGCGGAACAAAAGAAUUAAAUAUUAGAUGUGUCGAUGUCUCAAAGACAAACUGUCGCAAUGACAAAUAUCGUUCAAUGGAUGGAUCCUGCAAUAAUCUACGCAAUCCAGCGAUCGGAAUGUCUAUUACAGCGUUCAAACGAUUGCUGCCCGCGGACUAUAAUGAUAGAGUCUAUUCAUUGCCACGUUCAGUUAGCGGCAGCAAAUUACCAAGUGCAAGGCUUCUAUCUUACAAAGCAUUUGGUCGACGUACGAUUGGUGAUCCUUACUAUACAAAUCUCAAUCAGCAAUGGGGACAAGUUGUAACACAUGACACAUCGCUUCGAAUGCCGGACGGUUUAGAUGGUGUAAAUCAGCUUGAAGUCAAAACUCAAAAAUGUUGUUCUGCGUACGGUCGCUACGAAAUUCGUAAUUCUUCAACUCCUUGUGCUCCCAUUCCUGUACCCAAUAGUGAUCCAUACUUCAAGAAUUAUGAUUGCAUUGAUUUUGAUCGAUCUGUUACUGAAAAGGAUCAAGGAUGUCGUGGAGCCGGAGGCUCAGUCCCAGCUGAACAACUUAACGGUGUCACACAUUAUCUGGAUUUGAAUCUUAUUUACGGAAACAGUAUUGCAGAAAGUCGACAUGUGAGAGAACUCAGAGGAGGUUUCUUGAAGACCAGUGAUUACAACCAAAAGUGGCCCCCACAAAGCGAUAGACCAGCGUAUAUGUGUCAAUUGGGUAAUCCAGGGGACGUAUGUUACGAGUUUGGCGAUCCACGCGGAAACCAAAAUCUUGGAUUAACAACUCUUUCUAUAAUUUUCUUGCGAGAGCAUAAUCGAAUUGCCCGGGAGUUGGCUGAAAUGAAUAGGCAUUGGGAUGAUGAGACCUUGUUCCAAGAAGCACGUAGAAUUAACAUUGCUCAAUAUCAAUAUAUUACUUACUAUGAAUGGAAUCCCAACUUUUAUGGUUAUGAAAGAAUGAAAAGAUACAAACUUAUUUACGAAACCCGUGGCGGUGAAUAUGUUAACGACUACGAUCAAUGUAUCGAUCCAAGGAGCAUCCAAGAAUUCCAACACGCAACGUUUAGACACUUCCACCACCAAAUUAUGGGAUAUUAUGAAAUGGUUACCGAGUCACGCAGAGUAAAGAAAGAAGCUUUGCGUUUAACCAGAUAUCAAGACAAACCGGGUGUCCUUGAAGAAGAUCUCAAAUUCAAUAAAGUAUUGCGUGGAAUGUGCACUCAACACAUGGGUUUAACUGACAUGAAUGUUGACAUUGAAGCUGCGGAACGGUUUGUCCUUGGUUCAGGUUUACGAGGCAAAGAUUUGAAAGCGUUUGAUAUUCAACGUGGUCGAGAUCAUGGAAUAGCAAGAUAUAAUAACUACAGGGAAUUUUGUGGUUUGAAAAGAGCAAAGAGCUGGGCUGAUUACACAGAUUUCAUUUCAGAAAAGGAUGUUCAACUUUUACGUAAGCUUUAUGAAUCUCACGAGGAUGUCGACUUGCUCGUAGGUGGUGCUAUGGAACGACACGAACCCUAUUCGUUGGUUGGACCUACAUUCUUAUGUAUCAAUCUAAUUCAAUUCCACGAUGUCAGGAAGGGUGACAGAUACUUUUUCGAAAAUGGAAAUCAACCCUACCCCUUCACUCCAGACCAAUUAGCGGAAAUCCGAAAGGCUAGUGCUGCUCGUUUGAUGUGUGAUAAUGCGGACAUUGAGCAAAUGCAACGGUGGGCAUUUGAACAUCCACGUGGAAGGAAUAGUCUGAGGAGAUGUUCAGAAUUACCUAAAGUUGAUUUGCGCAAAUGGAAGGACCGAAAAUAUUAACAGGAUGAGAUCUGAACGACUACCUAAUUCAGGUUACAAUUUAAGUUCUCAAUGUACAUAGACUGUUUGAAAGAAUAAGCGUGGUAAAGUUAGGAAAAAUCACUUUUAAUGCAUUUGUUUUAUUCGAUUUUCUCCUUAUAUAUUUGAGUGUAAAGUAAGAGUAAAAACGGUCUGUUUGAAUUGGUAUGUCGAAUUUACAAUAAAGACUUUUUUAAAGAAAAUUGUUCCGUUUGAACUCUGAAAAUCCUUCUGAUAAUAUGCUGAAUAAAUACACCACCUGAUAUUAGGGUGCAUG